GGCUUCCUCAAAAUAGGCAGAGAGACACAGGAAGAGACUCACAAUUGAAUGGGAUCCUCCCAGUGAUUUGUCUCAGCCCAGUACUGGAUGUUCCUGCACAACAACAGGACACCAAGUGAGGGGAGAUUAUCAGCAUAAGAAAACCUCCUAUUCUGAUGCUUCACAUCACAAAUGCACAAGAGUUAGGACAAAAUGUGAGGUUGUAGCAAUCUGAAGAGAUUAUGCCCUAUUAAAACUGCCUUGCAGUGGGAGCUCUCAAUGAGAACCUAGCAGUUUCAGGUCAACUGUACUGAAGAAAGUUUAACGUCAGUGAGGACUGCAGGAAAAUUGCAAAAGUUUCAAUUGCUUCACCUACUGUACAUCAAAUAGACAGCACACACUGAGACAGAGUCAUACCAGGCCACUGGAAGAAAGUUGCUUGUCAAUUUGAGAAGGUCAGUCAGGAUCACCAGGGUGUUGAGUGACUUCAGACAGAAGAAUGCAAUCACAACAGGAAGAGAAGAACUGCAACAGCUCUGAAUUCAAGGAGGGAAUCAACAAACUAGAAAGUCGCUAUCAAUUUUGCGGGCACCAUUUGAGAAUCACUCGGGACUUCACCAGUAAUCUUGGGAUAUCCGCAAUAAUCUGGGAAGCUGGCCUUGUUCUCUGUCAGUACUUUGAGCGAGAAAAGAUUAGUUUUUCUGGGAAGAAGGUGAUUGAAUUGGGAUCGGGGACUGGGAUCGUUGGAAUUCUUGCUGUCUUGCUAGGCGGAGAUGUCACCCUGACAGACCAACCAAAUGUUCUCAGUCAAAUACAGUUCAAUGUUGCCAACAACAUCCCCGUCUCCGUUCAACAGCGGACCAAAGUCUCUGCUCUCACUUGGGGUGAAAACCAAAAUCAGUUCCCCACAAACUACGACUUCAUCCUGGGCACUGAUAUUGUCUACAGUUCACGGGACUUCCCUGCUCUCAUAAAGACCCUGCAACACCUCAGUAACGAGAACACCGUCAUCUACAUCUGUUCCAAGAUGCGAGAGAGCAUGGGGGCCAUGGAUUUCCACGAAAAGCUCCUCCCGGUGGACUUCAACACGGAGAUUGUUCACAGAACUGCAGACAAAGAAAUCGUUGUGUUCAAGGGGACCAAGAAGAGCCCUGGCGAUGUAGAGAAGCCACAGAUGUGACACUUUAUAUUAACAAGGGUGGAGAGGUGACAGGUUUCCUAUCUCUGCAGAGUUCGUGUUACCGGUGACUCUUUCAGAAUAAGUUUGCGAAAAUUGUCAAUACUCUUAUUCAAUCAUUUCUAGUCCCUGCUUUGUAUUUUUCCACCUCCCCAUUGUAUUCAAGGUUUGAUUGUUAACUCAGCAAGCUCCUGAAGAUCUUUUGUCUCUUCACUCUAAGUUU